AUGGACACCAACAGCAGACAACAGACAGGACCAUCCUAUCUGCUUCGUCUCCCAGGCACUAACACAACUACCACACAAGAACGCACAACUACCACACCAACACCCACAACUACCACAGAAGCACCCACAACUACCACUUCAAGGCCCACAACUGCCACAUCAACGCCCACAACUACCACACAAGCACCCACAACUACCACACAAGCACCCACAACUACCACUGAAAAACCCACAACUACCACACAAGAACCCACAACCACCACACAAACUCCCACAUCAACGCCCACAACUACCAUACAAGUACCCACAACUACCACAGAAACACCCACAACUACCACACAAGCACCCACAACUACCACUGAAAAACCCACAACUACAACUAAAAUACCCACAACUACCACACAAGAACCCACAACUACCACACUAACUCCCACAAUUACCACAGAAACAUCCACAACUACCACUGAAAAACCCACAACUACAACUAAAAUACCCACAACUACCACACAAGAACCCACAACUACCACACUAACUCCCACAAUUACCACAGAAACAUCCACAACUACCACUGAAAAACCAACAACUACCACCCAAACUCCCACAACUACCGCAGAAACACCCACAACUACCACGUCAAGGCCCACAACUACCACAUCAAUGCCCACAACUACCUCUGAAACACCCACAACUACCACUGAAAAACCCACAACUACAACUACAAAACCCACAACUACAACUACAAAACCCACACCUACCACAGAAACACCCACAACAAUUGAAACACCCACAACUACCACUGAAAAACCCACAACUACCACAGAAACAAACACCCACAACUACCACGUCAAGGCCCACAACUACCACAUCAAUGCCCACAACUACCUCUGA